AAUUUUGGUAACUUGCUUCCUUUGCAAGAUAUUCAACUUUGUUUCAUAUGCAAAUAUCACCGGUGUGACAUCGCAUAAUGACAUUUUGAAAACAUAAUAUUUUACCUUGAUAAAAUAUUUUUACAAACAAAUACAGAGGGUUAAUUAGCAGUUAUGAAAUUAAUACAUAUACAAGGGCAAUUUUUAAGUUUUUUGGAUUACUUAUUCGUCAAGAAAACUAUACUUUUCUGAAAACUCAUUAUGUGAUGUGAUGUCACUCCGGUGAUAUUUACAUAUGAAACAAAGUUGAAUAUCUUGAAAAGGUUGCAAGUUCAUAUCAUAUAUCAUGGCGGACGAACAACAAUCAACCAAGCGCUCUGCGCAAAAUUAAAAAACUAUCGACCUGUGUACGCCUAUUAAACCAGUCAAAUCGAAAAUUAAGAAAAUCAACGCAUCAGAGAAAGGGACUGAGGAAAAAGAAGGAGAAAAAGACGUAGAUAUGAGGCAAAUUCAUCAAAUGUUCACUACAAUGAUGACGAAAUUGGAGAAGCUCGACGCUAUUGAAGCAGACAUGAAGGAAAUCAAACAUUCCUUAGAAUUUGCGCACGCUGAAAUUGCCGAUUUAAAAAAAGAAAACGAUACCAGCAAAGCAAACCAAGCAGAAGCAAAGGAAAAGAUUGAAAAGCUUGAGCAAGACAACACCACGUUGCGCAACAAAAUAGUAGACCUUCAAGCAAGAUCAAUGCGCGACAAUUUACUAUUUUUUAACAUCCCAGAAUGUGACCAAGAAAACACAACUGAAAUGAUUCAUGAGUUGUUAGAAACGAAGAUGGAAAUACAUGACGCGCGGAAUAAAGUAAAGAUCGAUCGGUCCCAUCGGAUUGGGAGAAAACGAGAAAGAAACCAAAAACUGCGUCCGAUCGUGGUCAAGUUUAACUAUCAUCAAGACCGAGAGUACGUGCGGUUAAACACGAAGAAACUUAAGGGGACAAAGAUCGGAGUAUCAGAACAGUUCCCAGAAGAAAUUUAGAGCAUAAGAAAAACAUUGUAUCCGGAACUAAAGAAAGCCAGAGCAGAAGGUAAAAGGGCCAGAAUAGUAAGAGACAAAUUGAUCAUUGAAGGGCAAGUCUUUCAUAAUAAUAGGUCUUGACAAUCUGUAACCUGAGUCCUCUAUAUAUUUUACUGACUAAACACAGUUCAUACUUUAUAGUUAAUUUCUUAAUUCAAAUAUUGCACUAUAAACCUUUCCAAUGACCACACUUAACAAUGAGCGCAAGAAGAAAUGUUCUUCUUGCUUCAAAACUAUUCAAAAAACACAAAAAUCAAUUGAAUGUCUCACAUGUAUGAAUCGGUUUCAUGCUGUGUCUGCAUGCACAAAAUCAUUCAACUCCUACAUAGGUAACAAUACGAUUGACUUGUGCCAAAAUUGCUUAGCUGAAUCUUUACCCUUCCAAACACUCGAUGAUUUAGAAUUUGAAUUUACGGUUUUAAAAGGAACAAGACGCCUGCUCAGGCGUUCACACUGGCCUGAAAAUAAUGAGAUACGUGCUAUGGUGCAAAAGGCAGGAAUACAAAUCUUAAAGCGCAACUGCAAAUUUUACGGACUUUUUAAAAAAAUAAAAGACCUUUUCGGGAGACGUAAUGG